GUGAUGACGAUCCAAAUCUUCUGGAGAAGGUCGCGCUAUUGCAGGAGCAGUUGGACCUUGCCAGGGAUCGCGCAACAGAUGCCGAGAUGGAAUGCGAGUCGCUUCGAAAGCAGUUUGCAAGCUCUGGGACAAAGCAGGCUGACGAGGAUGCGAAGGGCGACUCAGAUGAGCUGGCGGAAAGGUUGAUGGAGAUGCAAGAAGCUUUAGAACCCGCGAGGGAUCGUGAUGACGAUCCAGAUCUUCUGGAGAAGGUCGCGCUAUUGCAGGAGCAGUUGGACCUUGCCAGGGAUCGCGCAACAGAUGCCCAGAUGGAAUGCGAGUCGCUUCGACAGCAGUUGGCAAGCUCUGGGACAAGACAAGCUGACGAGGAUGCGAUGGGCGACUCGGAUGAGCUGGCGGAAAGGUUGAUGGAGAUGCAAGAAGCUUUAGAAGCCGCGAGGGAUCGUGCCACGGAUGCUGAGAUGGAAUGUGAGGCCUUGCGGUCAAAACUGCAUCACGCUGCCACCGUGCAGCUGACGGAGAACGUCGUGUUGCAAGAUGGAAAAACUAGCCGCGAGCUGGAGCUGGAGCGGCAGAUUGCUGACUUGAUGUCGGACCUUCACUGCAU